AUAUUUGAGAAUGAGAGAAACAACAGGCUCCUUGGAACAAUUAAACGGUCGAAGGAUGUUGGUGAUGGAGAUGUCACGGGUGUCGAGAUUACAGUCAAAGUCGGCGAGCUGUCCAAAACCAUGGCAGAUGUCAUAGUGAACACGACCAACAAGGACUUGAGACUCAGCCAGGGAGCGGUUUCCAUGGCGAUAUCUACAGAAGGGGGCACUACCAUACAGAACGAGUGCAACAGCCGUUACCGCAAGGGCAUCAAAUUCGGCGAUGUCGUGGACACAGGGGGAGGUAAUCUACGCUGCAAGAAGGUGUACCACACAUGCCUCCCAAAGUGGCAGGAUUCAAGCAAUGCUUUACAGCUUUUGAUAAAGACUGUGGACGCGUGUUUACAACGAGCACCUUCCAGAGGCUACGGGACCAUCGCUUUCCCGGCCCUCGGGACCGGCAUACUACAGUACCCACCCGAGACAGUAGCCCGGGUGUUCAAAGAGAGAAUAGCCGCUUUCUCCACAGAUAACCCACUGACGUGUCUGAGGGAAGUGAUCAUUGUAUUGUAUCACAAGGAUGAGAAAACAACAAAGGCUUUCAAUGAAGCGUUCGACAGCGACCCGAGUAUGAUCAGAGAACCAACGACCAUUGAUAGGACGAACAGUGAAGAAUUUUGGAUUGACCCCCUCAGGAUUGAGGUGAAAGUAGGAACUCUGCACACGGAAAAAGUGAACACAAUCGUGGUGCCAACUGACAACAAGGUGUCACUGCGUGGCCAAGUGGCAUUUCUGAAGUCCGAGUAUGGGCCUGACUGUAUGGUUGGAAGUGACCGAGCAAAUAUCACAAAAUCCGGAGCUGUCGUCGUUCCUGCUCAAAAUAUGUCCUGCUCGAACGUCAUGCUUGUGUCUGCGGAACAUUUCAAGAACAAUGUAGAGGAGGUGAUCAAAAAGUGCUUCAGAAAGGCAGAAAAGGAGAAAAUCAUGUCACUCGCAAUUGGCCACGUUAUUCCAGAGCAAGACGACGACGCUAAGGUAUUCGCCACUGGCAUGGAGAGGGCCAUCAAGCGAUACAAGACUAACCUGAAGGUCCUUAGUGAUGUUCGGAUCCUCCUCAACAACACAGAACAAAAGUCCACAUUUGAUUCCAUUUUCCGACAGAACGUUGGUCGCCCAGCUAUGAGAAAAUCUUUUGUGCUGUCUCAUGAAGAUGAGUUGUCUUCACGCUCCAAACCACAAAGAUACCAAAGUAAGUCCAUGAGGUCCGAUGAUCCGUGCCUGCUUCCACUGCCGCGACUGCGUCUAUUGGCCGUGACCAAAGAGCACCUUGAAAACUGCAUGGACACUGUCUCCGUCAUCUUGCUGAACAAUGUUGUGUCAGAUAUACAGACAGGUUCGGCCAUUGAAACUCUUCCUGACGACAAGGUGCCACGCGUGACCUCCCUCAGCGCGGAUCUGCACGUGCUGGCGCAGGUAGACAAGAGCAACGGGAUAGUCCACUUCCACGGCUCCAGAGAAGACGUCAUGGCAGCGAAGAGGAAGACUCAGGAAUAUGUCCAAGGUCUAAAUACGAAGCACCAGACACGGGAACGAGCCGAAACGAUUCAAACCAACGUCCAGUGGUGGUACAUGACCACUCCGGGAGGGGAACUCAAGGCCUUCCCCUCAGUGACCAACAUGCUGCUGGAGCAGGCCUUCAAGGAAGGUCUCCCAUCGGCUACCUUCAAAGUCUCGGGAGGCAUGGUCACUGCUGACUUCCGUACAAAUCGGUUCCACAUGUCGCCUACAGAGUCGUUGAAGAUGUCUCGGGUUGAGAAGCGUGCUGCUUUGCCAACUCCACCUUCACACACGUAACAGUCUGGCCUAUCAUGUGACAACUGGCAGUCAUCUUCGGGUCUACUGGGGACACUCAAAUGUCUGGUUUAUCCUGGUCUCAAAUGAACAUUUAAGUUGCUAGGGCACAACGACCUUUCUCUUUGGGAUCUUUAAAAGACUAACAUGGAGAGAAGGCCUUCGUUACUUGUCAGUAUUUUCUGAAACGGAAUAUUUUGAUAUAUCUUUAUUUGAAAUCUGAUAUGUCUGUCUCUGGUUGAAUCAUUGAUUAACUUUAUUAGGUUAACAUAAACUCACGGGCGAAAGAAACGUCACCAAAAUGAUUUUUGUAUAUCUUUUAUCGUAC